ACAACAAACUGAAAACUUUUAAAGACAAAUGUUAUAAAUUUGCUUAAAAAUGUUUCUACAAAGUAUAACAGUUUGUGGAUUCCUGCAUGUUAAAGAUACAAAAACGUUGACUUUUGAUAUUCAGAAAAAUUCUGAAAUACAUUUUAAGGAAAUCGCAAAUGUGACUGAUAAUAUUUUUAUAAAAGCACUUUCAAUAAUAUUUGACAAGAAGUAUGGAUCAGGAUACGAUUUGCGCGCUGAAUUUAUCAACAAUCAAUGUAAUGGAAAAUCUUAUGUCAGAAUUGAGUUUUGGCAAAGUGAUAAUAACAUUCUGAAUGAAUCAGCUUGGCUUAAAGGGAACAGCUUUAAAAUCGAACGAAGCAUCAUCGAUCAAUCAAAGAUCAUCAAAGUGAAUGAGGCGGAUAUGGACAUUGUAACUUUUCACAACAGUAUGGCACGUCUUGGUUUCCACAGCAUUGAAGAUUUCUGCAUGCAUCGACUUCUUGAAAGUGAAAUAAUUAAACUCAAUCAUUACAAUGGAGAGGAUCUUUGGAAUCUCAUUUUAAAUGUGAAUCAAAGUGAAGAUCUUGUUCAAGUCCUGGGGAGUAAACAUAGAAAACGAUUACUUCUUAUUGACGAAAUGAAACGCACAAUGGAUGAAAUGGAAGAUUCACUCGCUUCUAAGUUGAGACUUAAAAACGAUAUGCGAACAUACUUUUCUCUUGUAAAACAUUUCAAUACUCUUAUGAGAAUUGUCAGCAAAAGAAAAUUGAAAAUUCUUUCAAAUGAAAACAUGAGAACUCAAACUGAAAUCGACAAUUUAAUGAUUGAUCUUGAAGAUAAAACUAAAGAAGUGAAAUUGUUUGAGGACCGUGAAUUAAAGACACGACUAAAGAACUGCGCAGCUAUGAAGUUCAUUGAUCUGAUGUAUGACAAACGAGACAAAGUAAUGCAGAAAUUACACGAAGUUAAACUUCAAAUUGUGAAAGUUCCGAAAGGAUUUUCAAUCAUAGAACUUUUCCACACAAUUGCAGCUAAUCAAACUUCUAUUCGUGAAAACUUUCAGCAAUUUGAAGCCUUCUCCGAGCAACGUCUUCAAUAUUCAGAAGCAAAUCUAAUUCCUCAACAAAUGGAGGUCGAAAUGAUGAAAUGGAAAAUUUUCCUCAGUCGCACACAAAAUAAAAAUCUUCUCGAUCAAUUUAUUGAAACUGAGACGAACAGAAUUUAUUCUUUAAAUGAAGAACUUCAUAAAGUUGUCGACGAUAUGGAGAAAUGUAAAGAAAUCGUUAACAAAGUUUUAUUCUUAAAUGUUGAACAAAUUAAAGAAGUGACAAAGGAAUGGAAAAGCAAACAAUUCCAAGUUGAGAUGGAAAUUGCAAAACUCAGUAAAAAUAUGUUGAAAAAUGAGAAAGAAAAGUUUCAAAUUGAUGUGAAGAUCAAUGAAAUUGCAGUAGAAAAUGAACUCGAUUUGCCUUACAUUCAAACACUGAAGAUUGUUGAAGAAUUUAUUCGAUUAAAUUCAGACUUUGAUCUUGACUACGUUGGACCAGUUUUUACUUUUCUUAAUCCACUUUCCGAGAUUGAUGGGAAACUUUGGCCUUUGCUUUCAUCUGUAGCUGGAAUUUUUCUUUUCACUCGAGGAAUGACAGCAAGAAAAGUUCAUCGAAAGAUGCUUGAAUUGAAUCCUGAUUUAAAAGCUUCUUAUGUGUUUCUGGGAAUCGACGAGUACAUUCCAGUGAAUUAUCCAGCUUUGUCUGAGGAAAUGUUAAGUACAGUAAGAUCUGCUAAUGAACUGAUCGACCCAAAAGCUAAAUUCAAAAAUAUUUUAAAACAAUUGUUGAGUGACAUUCUGUUAAUAAAUGAAGAUGAAGUGGAAAGUUUCGAAGAUAUUUCAUGUCUACAAAAGGUCAUAAUUCAUAGCAAAUAUGGCAGUACAAUCAAAUCUAAUCAUUGUUUGAUGUUUCAAAGUAAAUCAUCAAAUGAAAAUCCAAUUCAAACACUCAAAACCAUCUACGAACAUAUUAAAAUGCGCAUAGAUUUUGUGCAGAAAAUCAACGAAGCUCAACGAACAAUUUUGGAAUUUUUUGAUGUUUUGAAAGCAAGUGAAACGCAAUAUCAACAUGACAUCCAUUCAAAUCAUUCCCUGCAUUCGAUUCCAGCUUGUGUUGCUGCAUUUCAUCAACUUUUAAGAUUCAGUGAGAAGAAAUUUUCCAUCAAGAAGCGAUUGUUAGUGAAAAAUGCUACGAAGCAAGCAUUAGAAGAUCUUGAAGCUUUACAAAUGACAACGAAUGACGUCAAUGAAAUAUUCCAAGAAAUUCUAUCAAAACAGAAGAAAUUAAAGAAUGACGAGAAGCAACUUGAAACAAUCGAAGUUGAAAUUAAUAAAAAUAAAAUAAUUUACGAAUUAACAGUCACGAAGAUGGAACAUUCCAAUGAUUUCUUAAUUCGAGCAUUGCAUUUUGUUAAAUAUCCUUGGAAUGAGUUCUACGAUGAUCUUGAACCGACAGUUGACAACUUCAUUAGAACCAACGAAAAUCUUCUUGAAAGUUACAAAAGUGAAAUUAAUCAACUUCAAAUAUUAACAAAUGAAUGUUCUGUUGAGAAACUGCAACAAGAAGUUGAACUUUUAAAGUUAAAAUGUAAACUUUAUGAGAAUCGAAGCAAGCAAAAUGUAAAUGAAUUUGCUAUGAAGAAAUGUACAGAAACAAUCGAUCUUUGCAUUAACGAUCCGAAGACAAACUUUGAUCUUGAAUUCUACAAUCAAUAUCGUUCAGCAUCGAGUGACGAGCUGAUCGAAGUUCUUUCUGAUUACCAUCGUCAAUUGCAGCAAAACAGUUGCAACAUUAAACAAGCCACAAAAGACCAAUACGGACAUUUAGUUGAUUCCAUAAAGAAAGUCGAGAAAUAUUCUCACUCGCCAGUUGAACCGCACUCGAGAAGUCGAAUAACAUCAAAAACAUUUCCAAUCGUUAACAAAGUUUUCGUGAAGACACUCAAAGAUGCUGUGUUCAAUUAUCGGGCGUCAUUCAUGACUGUUAUGAAUGAUCAUGUUCAACAAUCGAUGCUUUUAUUUUACACACGAAAACUUUUCCACGAAAUCCAAGCUGAUGACUUCAGUUGGAGUUGUUUUGAUUUAAAUCGAAUUAAAGCAAUGGAUUUUGUUGUCAAUUGGAAGAAUUCUUCUGUCGUCUGUUCAGAGAGUAAUGUGAAGACAGUUAAAGGGCUUCUGCUCAUCAUGCACAUCAUUCACUACUUGUCAGUCUUCAAAUUCAUCGUCAUUGAUGAGAAAAUCUUUAAUGGCAUGGACGAGAAAUUGAAAGACAAUCUCAUGGUUUACCUCAACACUGUGUCGUCAUUUGUACAAAUAAUUUUUCUUAACAACGAAGUUGAAGAAUCAAUUGCAGAGUACGAAGACGAACCGAUGGAUACUUCAUAA